GUUGACACUUUCAGGUGAGCAUUGUGUAGAUCACAUAACACUUGGAACUUAUACAAAUCUUGCGAAUGGAUGUUCAGUUUUACCGGGUAGUCAUCUUGCAUCUGAGACAAUGAUUGGCAAUUUAACACGCGUCUCUCGAGAGACAAAUAGUAACACAGGCGAUGUUUUUAUUGGUGUUCCAGCUUGUGUCAUGCCAUUCAAAAUGCCUUUGAGAUCAUCAUCAACAACAACAACAGAUGAAAUGAAAAUUACUCCUAUUUGGCAUACAUGUUUUUCUUAUUUCAUCAGUAAAUCUCUUCUCUUAACUAUUUAUUCAUUAACUGGUGUCGUUGGUAUGUUAAUUAUUCAUACAAUACUUAUUUGUAUUUUCUACCGGUAUCGCUCAUAUAUACACUAUCCAAUAGUACAACAAAUAAUUUCAAGACUAAGACAAGAUCAUCAACAAUUCAUUUGUCCAUUUCUUGGCAAUACACAAUGUUUAAUCAAUUUAUUUCGUGCAUUUGGUGCACGCAUUGGUAAAGGUGUUAUCAUACCUGAUGUUUCUUGUCUUACUGAUUAUCAUUUAAUAACUAUUGAAAAUGAUGUUCGACUUAAUAUGCAUGCUAAUAUUCAGUGUCAUAGUUUUGAACAACGUAUCCUAAAAGUAGCUCCUGUGACAAUUAGAAAGUCAUGUGUGCUUAUGAGUGGUUCAUUUGUGAUGGCAGGCUGCAAAUUGAUGGGCAACAAUAGACUUUAUCCAUUUACAUUGAUAAUGAAAAAUGAUCUCUUACUACCAAAUACUCAAUGGAAAGGACUUCCUGCAAGACUUUUGACAACAAAAGCAGCAUCAUCUCAAUCUGCAUUGGUUCGUGAUAAUAAAGUCGAACAACAACAACAACAACAAUCAUCUGAAAACGUGGAUAGCUUGUCUUUGUGGUAUGAGUGGAUUGCAAACACUUAUUCGAACGUUGAUGAACUACAAUUUAUGAAUUAUGGCUAUGCAGAUCUUGAUGAGCAUAUUGACGAUAAUUCCGACUACUGUUCGAAACAGCUAUAUAAACAGGUCCUUGCACACGUAUCACUUACAAAUCAGAAUGUACUUGAAGUGAGUUGUGGUAGAGGUGCUGGUGCUGUUUGGUGCGUCCAUAAUUAUAUACCUGGUUCUUAUGUGGGAGCUGAUCUUUCUUCCGGUGUCAUUGAUGUGUGUCGACAACGCCAUUCGACGAUUUCUCGACUUUCCUUCGUAGUAGCUGAUGCAACAAAAUAUUUACCAUUU